UUAGUUUUUAAGGUGCCACCGGACUCCUCGUUGUUUUUGCGUAGUACGGUUUGGUAAAAAGUUUGUAAGUCUGUUUAAACCAGAGCCAGCUGCAGCAGGAGAUGGGUAGAAGGGGGUGUAUGUGUGAGCACUGCAUGAAAGGGUUCCCUUUCUUUCCUAGAGGGAUCCUGGAACAGACCCGCCCUGGUGAAACAGAACACCAGGCAAAACAGAGAAGUGAGAGUUAGCUGGGAGAAAAUGAAACCGAAACUUAACUUGGAGCCAUUUUAAGUUGAUCGAGUGGAUGAUUACAUUGUUAGCUCCCUGCUGGGCAGAGGGGAAGGGGUGACUAGCCUGUUUCUGUUGUUUGUAAAAAGUACCGAGGUACCGAACUUUUCUGUAUCUAGGAGCCAUUUGUGAGCUCUGUCUUCAGCUGUUCGGCUGGCACAGGGAGGAGCUGCUCCCGCUGGUGUUUCAGUUGCUUUCAGCCUCUCCUAGCAGUGUGAGUCUGUGGUUAGAGAGAUGCGGUGGAGGAGGCCAUAGAUAUCUUUUGUUGGACCAACUUCUGUUGGCGGAGAGAGAGAAGCUUUUGAGUUACACAGAUCUCUUCUUCAGGUCUGGGAAAGGCAGUAAGAGUGUCACAGCUAAGUACAAGAUCAGACAGAUAGUUUAGCAUAAGUAAUUAGCACUAUUCUAAGGGACCAUUCGAGGUGAAGUGGCGAUAGGUUACAGCUUAGGAACAGUUCUUUACCUUCUGAUCAAUUAAAUGAAUUGUACUUGUCAGCUUGGGCAAAAACAAGGCCUCUGUGCAGCAAUUGUGCGAGUGGAAAGCGAACCACAGCUGCCUCUCUUCUGGUGUGCAAGAGCCCCGAUUCACACUUGCAUUCCAGCAGCACGCUAUGAACACAGGUUUUGGUCGAGGCAAAGGCUCUUAUCAAACACACCCAAAACAUAGCUACUGCAGUCCUAAUCCAGCCUUUUUUAACAACUCUCUCAUCCCACAGGGAAAUAAUCGCGACAGAUUCAGAAACCAGCAGGUACAGUUCCUAUUGGGACAAAUCACUGAAGCUCCCCUGUACCCAUUUUGGGAACAGAGGCCACAAGUAGAGCAACACAUCAGGGGUCCGCGAGCUGCUGUACCAAUUCCUAGAGGGAGUGGGCACAACAGCUGGGGCACAACAGCUGGGAGAUUUAGGCCCCCCUAUAUCAGUCAGCAAACGCAAAGUUUACCGUCUUAUUCCCCAACUCAGUACAACUACAGAAAAUCAGAAAGGGAAUUUGACCAUUUCAACCUGAGUUUCCAGAGACUGACUGUUGCUGGGCAAAACAGGGAGCAAGAAAUUCUGACAAUUUUAGGGCAGCUCAGGCAGGGGGAGUCCUGUACAGGUCGUGAACUCGCCCAUAAACUUAAAACCCGAAAGAAAGAAGUCAAUCAUUAUCUGUACAAACUUCUCCAGGAAGGUAAAUUGCAUAAAGAAGGAGAGACCCCCCCCUUCUGGCGGAUUGCGGACAAAUCUGGCUCUGUAGGGGCAGUGUGCGAAGGAAGUGCCACCACCGACGGGAGUCGUUGCAAAGACACAGCUUCUGAGAGUCAAGAAAAGGAAAGCCCCACUGUCGGCUCAGAAGACAGUACCGAGUCUCCCAUCAUGGCUGAAGUCAAGGAGAAAAUCUGUAACUAUUUGUUCAAUGUCACAGACUCCACAGCAUACAACCUUGCAAAAAACAUUGGUUUUUCAAAGGCCAAGGAUGUUAACACCACUCUCAGUGCCCUGGAAAAACUGGGAGAAGUCCACAAGGAGAACACAAACCCCCCAAAAUGGUCCCUCACUGAAAAGAAACGGGAGCGGAUGCAGAUCAAGUUAAAAGCCAAUGAAGUAACGGAAAUGGCACCUCCCGCCCCAGAGCCAGAGUUUCCAGCUGCCUGCAUAGAGCCGGAUCCGCAGGAGAGUGUGUUGCCCCUCACAGAGGUAAAGAUGGAAGAAGAAGAAAACGUAAAGAAUGGACAGCAAGCCCCUGAGCAAACCGAACAGACUGACGCCAGUGCCCCUGACCCAGGCCUGCGGGUCCGGAAGCCCAGAUACCGCUUCAUGAACUAUGACAACUCUGAAAAUGGCAAGUGGGCCACCGAUGACAUUCCAGAUGACUUGAAUGCCAUCAAUAAGCAGGCGGAUGAGUUGAGAUGCAUCAUGGAAUCCCCCUCAUCUCCCAGCUACGCUGCCCAGUUUGAUACGGCUUUCCAGUGUACGCCCUUAGAAAAGCUGAUUGCCUGUCAGGAGAAGAAUCCGGUCAGCGGCCUCAUCGAAUAUAGCCAGUACACUUACCAGCGCUGUGAAUUUGCCCUUUUGGAGCAGAGCGGACCCUCGCAUGAACCACGAUUUAAGUUCCAGGCCGUGAUAAACGGGCGCCGGUUCCCACCAGCGGAAGCAGGUAGCAAAAAACUGGCCAAGCAGGAGGCAGCUGCCAACGCCAUGAAAAUCCUGAUGCGCGAAGCUGAGACCGAAGGGGAGGAUGGCAUGGAAGGGGAGGAAUCAUUCAUCCCAGACAGCUCCGAAGCAGAGUUGCCUGCACGCCCAGAACCAGAGCCUCCAUCUGCAGCGGCACAGCUAAACUUGUCUUCCGGGAAGAACCCCAUCAGCAUAUUAAUGGAAUAUGGACAGAAAUCAGGGAGCACAUGUGAAUUCCAGCUGCUGUCUCAGGAGGGACCACCCCAUGACCCCAAGUUCAAAUACUGCGUGAAGGUGGGUGAGCAGACAUUCCCUGCGGUGAUAGCCAACAGCAAGAAGGGAGCAAAGCAGAUGGCAGCUGAGGUUGCUGUGAAGAUCCUCCGUGGGGAGGCUGGGGGGCAGUUCUUCCCAGAACAGCCCUCCGUAGAGGUCCCAAGCGAGCCCACCCUGGAGCCGCCUGUUGCCCAGCCCCUGAAUCCGGAUGAGUCAAAGGCAGCAAAAGCCAAGGGCAUCGGGGAGCUGAUCAAAUACCUCAAUGCCAAUCCCGUCAGUGGCCUGCUGGAAUACGCCCGUUCCAACGGGUUUGCAGCAGAGUUCAAAAUGAUCGAUCAGACGGGACCACCUCACGAUCCGAAGUUUGUCUACCAGGCCAAGGUGGGAGGCCGCUGGUUCCCAGCCGUGACUGCACACAACAAAAAGCAAGGCAAGCAGGAAGCGGCCGACGCAGCGCUCAGAGUCCUGAUUGGGGAAACAGAGAAGGCUGAGCGCACCGAAGGACUGAGCAUCGCAGAGCUCCCUGUGAGCGGCAGUACCCUGCAUGAUCAGAUAGCUAUGCUCAGCCACCAGCGCUUCAAUGCCCUCACUGCUCGCAUCCAGCACAGCCUGCUCGGACGGAAGAUCCUGGCUGCAAUCAUCAUGAGGCGAGGAGAAGAGGGCCUGGGAGUUGUGGUCAGCAUUGGCACGGGUAAUCGCUGCGUGAAGGGGGAGGAGCUGAGCCUGAAGGGCGAGACUGUGAAUGACUGCCAUGCAGAAAUCAUUUCCCGACGAGGCUUCGUGAGGUUUCUCUACAGCGAGCUGAUGAAGUACAAUCCCGCCGAUCCCUCCUCCACAGAACAGAGCAUAUUUGAGUCAGCAGGAGAAAACAGGCUCAAAAUAAAAGACGACGUUACCUUUCACCUCUACGUCAGCACGGCGCCGUGUGGAGACGGGGCCCUCUUCGAUAAAUCCUGCAGUGACCAGGCAAGCACAGCGGGGCAGAGCCAGCAUCAGCCUCUCUUUGAGAAUCCCAAGCAGGGUAAACUGCGCACCAAGGUGGAGAAUGGGGAAGGCACCAUUCCCGUGGAGUCGAGUGACAUUGUGCCCACGUGGGAUGGGAUCCAGCAUGGGGAGAGGCUGCGCACCAUGUCCUGCAGCGACAAAAUCCUGCGCUGGAAUGUGCUUGGCCUGCAGGGGGCGCUGCUGUCGCAUUUCAUGCAGCCAGUGUACCUCAGCUCCGUUACGCUCGGUUACCUAUUCAGCCAGGGUCACCUGACACGUGCAAUCUGCUGCCGCAUGUCGAGAGACGGGAGCACGUUUGAAGCAGGUCUCCAGGCUCCGUAUCGUGUUAAACAUCCCGAGGUGGGGAGAGUUAGCGUGUACGACUCCGCCAGGCAGACGGGCAAGACCAAGGAGUCGAGUGUGAACUGGUGUCUUGCCGACGAAAGCGAGGUGGAAGUCCUGGAUGGCACAAAAGGCAAAGUAGACGGACCAAAGCUAGAGGUGUCCCGCGUGUCCAAGAGGAGCAUGUUCGCUCUGUUCCAGCAGCUCUGUGCCAAGGCUGACCGCAAAGACCUGCAGAGCCUUGCGCUGUACUCAGAUGCCAAGGAGGCAGCCGGGGCCUACCAGGGAGCCAAGCGGCACUUCUUCAGGGCGCUGGAGGAGAUGAGCUAUGGGAGUUGGAUCUGCAAACCCCAGGAAGAGGAGAACUUCUCUCUCGCCGAGGCGUAACAAGCUGCCCUCUGUGUGUGUGUCUGUGUGUUCCUUUGGUUUUCUUUUUUUGAUUUUUUUAAAUGGAGCCAGGAAUGUUGAGUAGGAUUGUGGAUUUCCCCUGGGUCUCUCCUCCUUUUGGUUAUCCUGGCAGUACACGUUGAUUCUGCUGGGAGGGACUCCCGUGUUCAGAUUGCAUUCUUUCUACGUGAGUGUACACUCAGCACACAAGAGAAUCCACACUGUCCACACGUUUAAAUGAAACCACAGGCGAGCCCGCUCCCGUGUCCCUUCAUCACAGCAGUUGGGGGGAACGCAGCUUUUCGCUUGUCAGAUGCAUUGUCUUGAUUGGAUCCCUUUAAACAGUAUGUGUGUACUUCCCAGCGUCUUACCCUCUCCCGAAACACUUCCCUCUGAUUUGCAAGAUGAUUCCUGCAGCUAUUGGCAAAACUCCCCGGGACUUUUCCUUCCCAGCAGUCCUGCUGGGUGGGCACAAAUCGGUUUGAAGACAAGGUGAUCUCUUGCAGCUGCUAUUUAAUUCUGGGAUCUGCCUGUAGGGCAUAGCAGAAGCCGGGUGGGGUUCAGGGCUAGUGGCAGAUUGCAUGUACUACCUGAUCUAGAUCCCCAUAGUUAGCAGGCAUAUUCCUGGCUUUGGCGUGGUAGCCUCGUCUGACAUACCCUGUUGAUUAUGAGGGUUGGGGCUUGAUUUCUGGAGUCCUGCUGAGAUGGGCCAUUCUAAAACCCUGCCUGACACUUCCCCCUGCGAGGGGGGCGAGUGGCACCCAAGGGUGGGGUUCCCCAGACUUGCCAGGUAGGGUGACACCACUUUAAGAUGCACGUCAGUGAAGUGGAGCGUUUCUUCCUCACCCCAGACACCCCUUCGGACCAGUUUCAUGACUAGCCCAUGGCUGGUUCGGCCGCAGCACAGCCCCUUUUACUGAAAUGGGACCAGGGAUCUUUUCGAGCCUGGCCUCUGUUUUUAAACCGUGCCUUGAAACGGUCAUGAAUUUUAUCUUGUCUACAGGCCUCAGGCCCAGCCAGCCUCUCCUCUUGGUUGUUUGCAGGAAUCUAAGACGCCUUCGUGGGUGAUGGGAUCUAAGGCAGGUUCUGUCUGUGUUGGGAACGCAGAUUGGUGGCUGUGCUCCCGCCUGCCCUCUCUGCAGGCCUGUGUCUGGGCAGCCCUGGGGAAUGGGGGUCGUGGGGCUGCCUGCCGGCACUGGGCUAUCAGGGCCAGCAAAUCCCAUCCAGCCUGCCUAGAAUCCCAGGCCCCGGGUUACAGGAUCAGCUUGCUCCGGAGGUCGGUUGCGUUUGGCCUGAGCUGGCCUGGGCUUUGUCAGAAGCUAGUCUGGGUUAGCCUGGCCCUGGGGGAAGGGGCGAAUUGAGUGGCGCUGUGAGCAGUCAAGUGCUGCACGGGGUGUACGUUGCAGUGCGGGAGGCUGGGGGCAAGGUCAGGGGGCGGGCUGCCCCUCUGAAGUCAUUAAAGAGAAACCCAGACCUGUUCCUACUCCACAGUUCUGGCAUCUCCUUGUGCCGUCUCCACCCCGCCCCCAUUUAUUUUAUUUGUAAUUCGUUGCACUGUCAGCGCGUCGGAGCAAUUCCCGCCGUGCAUCAUUUGGGGACUGUCUCCUGCAAACUCGUCCUACCCCCGCCCCCUUUCUUUUCUGUCAUGUCGGAUUCCUUCUCUUGUCGCACUGGCUCUGGAGAGCUGAAUGGAAACAAAUGUAAAUUUAUUCAUGGGAGAACUGUAACCCUCCUUUUUAUUUUAUUUUAAUUUUUGUAAGUCUGCUUUUAAGUGCCCCUCGAUAUCGAUGAAAUGAAGUCCUAACAUUCCGCAUAAAAAUAAAAAAAAAUUCUGUAUUGUUAGACA